CACUUUCGAUUCCACUUUGCAGCCGUUUGUGUCACUGCCGUCGCACGGGGGACUCUGCUGGAAGGAGGCCAGUGGCCCCUGGAGCCACCCUAUCCUACAGGCCCUCCUCCCCAAAGAGGCACUGCAGAAGUCUCACUCUCUUGCAGCUGAGAUGAGCCGGGGAUCUCUGACCUAAACCAGUGAGGAAUCCCUCUGAACAAUGGGCGAGACAUUCUCCCAGCUGGGCUCUCAGAAGGAUGAGAACAAGUCCAUCUUGCCCCCUGACCCAACCAUCGGCAGGAAGUCGGCCAGCUACUCCAGCACCAACAGCAGCAAGGUUUUUUGUUCCUGUGUGCCUUGUGAAAGGGCCACUGGUGCCAGCUUUGUUAUUUGUCCCACAUGCCAGGGCAGUGGGGAGAUCCCUCGAGAGCUAGAGAAGCAGCUGGUGGCCCUCAUCCCCUAUGGGGACCAGAGGCUGAAGCCCAGGCACACGAAGCUCUCCGUGUUCCUGGCAGUAUUCAUCUGCCUGGUGACCUCCUCCCUCAUCGCCUUUUUCCUGUUUCCCCGGACUAUCGCCAUGCAGCCUGCAGGCCUCAACUCCUCCACCGUGGCCUUUGAGGAGACUGAUAUCUGUCUCAACAUAACAAAUAUCUUGAACAUCUCCAAUAACAACUACUACCCCAUCACUGUGACUCAGCUGACUGUUGAGGUUCUGCACCUGUCCCUCGUGGUGGGGCAGGUCUCCGACAGCCUCCUCCUCCACAUCGGCCCUUUGGCCAGUGAACAGGUAUUUUAUGCAGUAGCCAACAGGAUACAGGAAGAAAACACAUACAAAAUCUGCACUUGGUUGAAAAUCAAAGUCCACCAUGUGCUUUUGCACAUCCAGGGCACCCUGACCUAUUCCUACCUGAGCCAUUCGGAGCAGCUGGUCUUCCAGAAUUAUGAAUACGUGGACUGCCGGGGAAACACGUCUGUGCCUCACUUGCUGGUCCCUCACCCACCGUGACCUGUCUGCUGUCCUCAAGCUCCAGGCACCUGCCGGCCUGGUCUGUAUCUCCCACAGCUCCAUGGCUGCAGUAGGAUUAUAGUGACCUUGCCAGAGGAAAAGCCCUGUUUUAUCACCCCCUCCCCCAUACACGCUCAGCACAGGGAGCUUUCUAUGGAAGUUAACGUCAUACACACACACACACACACACACACACACACAAACACACACACCCUCUGAUUUCUAUAGGAACAGAAACCUGGUUCUUCUAGAGGCCAGCACCAGAUAUUGCCCUUGAUCUGUCAUAAGGAAAGUCUGACCUGAUGUUUCCUCAGAGCUGCCUUAGAGGCAUGGAGUGGCACUCACCCUUUCUGUGCUGAGCACCUUGGUUGCCCAGCUCCUCUGGGGCUGGCCUUCCUCCUGCCUGAAUGUGAAGAAAGCUUUCUUUUUCUGGCUUUUACUACAUGGGUGCUCCACUCAGUGAUGGGAAGAUGACUUGGGGGACAGCCAUGCUGUCCCCAGGGCCUGUUAGGGAACCAUAGAUACGUUCCUAUGCUGCCCUGCUUUGGUCACGUGACAAGGUGAUGGUGAUGGCCCACGUCUUUCCUGGCAGCUUGUCUCCCACCCAUCUGACAGCAAGAUGGGUCAACACUCUUCGGCUCUGCAUCCUUCCUGGGUUCCUAGAAAGACAAGAGCUGUUCUCCAGCUAAAGCUUCUCCUCUCCAUAAAACAAUUGUAUUCAUUUUUUCACAGCAGGAACCAAAGUAGGAGGGGAGGGAGGCACCUGGCACCCCCUGGGCCUACACAGGAAAAACAGAGGCAAAGCCAGAGUCAUUUUCAAAGGUAUUUAUUGAAGGAGGCCAUAACCCUGAGCCCCUGUGAGUGAGCAAAGGCAGGUCAAACCGUGGGCCCAGAUGUUCUGCCCCUGAAAGCCUCCAGAGGUGAAGCAAAACUGCUUGGCUUCGCUGCACCCCCAGCUCAGUCCCAGGCCACCCAGGCUCCCCCAGGUCUCUGCUCUCCUUCAGGCCUGGACAGUAUGGAGCUGCAUAUCAGUAGGGACUGUCUGGACCCUCUCCUCUUUGCUGUCCCUCAGGUGAAGCUAAGCCUCAGGUAGCCCCCAGGUUCCCACCAGGCUCCUACUCUUUAGCUGAGCAGGAAUGCUGUUUGCUCACUCAAGGUAGCUGUGGUUUCUGUCACUCAGACAGGCCGAGAGAUGAGCUUAGGUGGCAGGGAAAGCUGACUUUGAAGUAGGAAGGAGGGGAAGUGGUAACAGAACCUGGUGAUUAGCCAGCCAGGGGAAUGAGGGGAAGGAAGCAGCUGGUACUGUCCGUCUGCUUUCAUAAGUGGGGCAAGAGCAACAGGAGUCCAUGAAGACCAGGCUGGAGCCUCUGCCAUUUCACCACAUGGAAAGAAUUCAUAUUGUAUUCAAUAAACUACACUUGAUGAUAUUUAAAAA